GGGAGAGAAGGCGAGGCCCGGAGCCCCAUCCCCUCUCUCCUCUGGGGUCUCCUAAGCCGACCGGCCGCUCGGCGCCCCCGCGCGACACCCUUCACGGCCACUUCGCGGGGCGUGCCGGGACUGGGGGACGCGGCUCGGGAAGAGCCGGGGCAGGAGGCGGCGGCGGCGGCGGCGGCGGAGCGAGGGUGCGCGCACUGGGACUGGAGAGGUGUGAGUGGCGGGCUGGGUGGCGGCGGCGGCGGCCGUAGCCGCGGGUGCCUCCCCGCCUCGCCGCUUGGCAGGCAGCACCACCUCCCCGGGCCGCGGCCGCCCGGCAGAGUCCUCCGCGCGUUCCCGGGCCCGGAGCCGGCGCACGAUGCGCCCAGCAGCGUUCUGAUCACCGCCGCGCCGCUGCCUCCGCCGCGAUGAUCCCCCCCGAGCCGCAGCAGCAGCAGCUGCAGCCGCCGCCGCCGGCCCCGCCGAACCAUGUGGUGACCACCAUCGAGAACCUGCCGGCCGAGGGCAGCGGCGGCGGCGGAAGCCUGUCCGCCUCCUCCCGGGCCGGCGUGCGCCAGAGGAUCCGCAAAGUGCUGAACAGGGAGAUGUUAAUCUCUGUGGCUCUAGGCCAGGUGUUAUCCCUCCUUAUUUGUGGAAUUAGCUUGACCAGCAAGUACCUGUCAGAAGAUUUCCAUGCCAAUACACCAGUCUUCCAGAGUUUCCUCAAUUACAUCCUUCUCUUCUUGGUCUAUACCACCACACUAGCUGUCAGACAAGGAGAAGAAAACCUCCUGGCAAUUUUACGACGAAGAUGGUGGAAGUAUAUGAUCCUGGGACUGAUAGACUUGGAAGCAAACUAUCUGGUGGUCAAGGCUUACCAGUACACGACUCUGACCAGUAUCCAGCUCCUGGACUGUUUUGUGAUCCCGGUUGUGAUUUUGCUCUCCUGGUUCUUCCUGCUGAUCCGGUACAAGGCUGUGCAUUUCCUCGGCAUCAUCGUCUGCAUCCUGGGAAUGGGAUGCAUGGCGGGCGCAGAUGUGCUUGUGGGAAGGCAUCAGGGAGCAGGGGAAAAUAAGCUGGUAGGGGACCUUCUGGUCUUAGGGGGAGCCACGCUCUACGGUAUCUCUAACGUCUGGGAAGAAUACAUCAUCCGAACCCUGAGCCGAGUGGAAUUCCUGGGAAUGAUUGGACUCUUCGGGGCAUUUUUCAGUGGAAUUCAGUUAGCUAUAAUGGAGCACAAGGAGCUGUUAAAGGUGCCCUGGGAUUGGCAAAUAGGACUGCUCUACGUUGGCUUUAGUGCCUGCAUGUUUGGUCUCUACAGCUUCAUGCCAGUGGUCAUAAAGAAAACCAGCGCCACUUCGGUCAACCUCUCCCUGCUCACCGCAGAUCUGUACAGCUUGUUCUGUGGAUUGUUUCUCUUCCACUACAAGUUUUCAGGACUUUAUCUCCUGUCUUUCUUCACCAUCCUCCUCGGCCUGGUGCUCUACUCCUCCACCUCCACAUACAUAGCCCAGGACCCCCGGGUUUACAAGCAGUUCCGCAAUCCUUCGGGACCCGUCGUGGACUUACCAGCCACAGCUCAGGUGGAGCCUUCAGUCACCUAUACCAGCCUGGGCCAGGAGACUGAAGACGAGCCCCACGUUCGUGUGGCCUAGGACGACACCCUCCCAGCCCACUGAGGACACCUCCGCGGCCGUGUGUCCGCCCGUCAUCUCAUGUUUUGUACAUAGAGAAAGGUAUUUAUUAGGUGCGGUUUACACAGGUGGACUGCAAGGUAGCGAAUCUGAAAGCCUGUAAAAGGCGUAAGCUAAACAUCCCUGGAGACACAGGCUCUGAUCCACCUGACCUGGGGAGAUGCCUAGCUAGUGUGUAUCCGGGUCACAACCCCCCUGCAUUAAUUACUGUGAAAAUGUUUGAAUCAAAAGCAAGUAUUAUUGUUUGUAUUAUUACGGUUACUGUUACUACACCGACUUUCAGGAGGAGGUUUUGUACUCCUGAUGGGAACUCUCACCAGACCCACUCACAUGUAGUUAACAUCAAUCCCACUUUUUUAUGGCAAGCCACUUUUUAAGAAUCACACUUUAUUUUUGUGCACAGUCUCUGAGUGCUGCAUGCCACAGGAGCUCCACCCUACGACGCUUCCUUAUCCUAGGGACCUGGGGGCUCACAGUUUCCUCUGUUACCUGUUGGAUUGCCUGCUCAAUAUGUAUUUUGUGCUGUGACCCUUGUGGGGAGUGGCAACUGACCAUAUAAUUCUCUAUUCUAGGAAUAGAUAUAAAACAAACAUUUUAGCCUUUUUAUAUUUCAAUCUCUGAUUACUCCAGGCCAUUGCCUUUCUGUUGUGCCACAUAAUUCUGCUAAUCAAGUCCCUGUAAUAACAGGAUAAGGAAAGUUCCGUUUCUGUGGCUUAUGGGAAACCCCAGAAAUAAUAUUAUUUGUGCUUAGGGCAAUACAUUUUUUUUCAUCUUUCUGCUCCUCCCUAUGUUCCCUCUUCAAAAAAUAUAUUUGGUUUUCCUUUUCCCCCCUAGAUUUCUUUAGUGAUAAUAUGGAAAUCAGUCAAGGCCUUGGAAAAAGCCAUGGUCCUCUGCCCUCUUGUGUGACAUCCUUUUUGAAAUACACCAGCAUGGGAAAUUACCUUUACUGUGGAGUGUCAUUGGUUGUUUGGCCUCCCAACAAAGUCAGGGUGCUGAGGUGGAACAGUCUCUGACGAUAGUUUGAUUGAUCUGGCCAUUUUGUAGUGGUAAAAAUGCCACCAAUGAAAAAGUCUGGCAUUGCGGUCAUAUUUGGCAUCCAUUCAAUAGCAGAAUAUAUCACACAACAUUCUUAUGGAUACAGAGAAUAUUACAGGGUCCUGAUAAGGCUUUGAGGGGUAUGUCACUGGUCUAAUUUUGUUGCCCUUAAAAUAGCCCUUUCUUCAAACACAGAAAAUCAAGAAACACCACAAACCUCUAUGAUUUACAAUAGAUUCUACAUGUCACUACGUGCAAUAGUCUUUACCUUUGGCUGGCCUCAAUACGAUUCAAAAAGAUCCUCGAUAGAGUUACAGGGUUUGUAAAGGGAAAAUAAAUGUUUUGGGCAAUUCAAAUCAAUACAUCUUAAGCAAGCAAAGCAAAACAUCAGUGGGGUCUCUGUAAGGUAGAGAACAGAUUGCAGCUUAGUCAGGAUUUCCACAGUAGCCUGAACAAGGCCUAAAUACGGCUGACAGAAGCAUCCCAUGCUGUCCGCCAGCACCCAUGUGACACUUCUGCCUGCCCUCUACCCCAGGACAGGUAGUCCUGCCCUUGGAGUUGGAGCAGACAAACUAUCUUUUCUGACAUGCAGAUUUUAUGUUCAUCUUUGUUCAACCCCCUUAGAAACAUGUUUUAUUUUCAGUGAAAAAAAAUCACCAUUAAAGCUAUAUCAAGUUAAAAGAACUUUGCCAAUGUUUGCUCUCUGCUACCUUUUAAACCAAUUAAAUACCUUUCUCUGAAUAUUUUGUCCAUUCAGAUCUGAAGACCUUUAAAGACUGUGGUUUUAUUUUUGUGUUUACAUUCCUUUGGUUUGCAUAAUUUGCUUGAUUUAUUGCAUUUUUAGUAUUUAUUUUAAGCC